AUAGUUUGAGGGAGAGCUCUGUUUGGUGGCCUAGCUUAGCUAUACAAAUUGUGAGCUUGAGCACCCCCUGGGGGUCACAUUUGGCGUAGUCGGCAGGAUAAAUUGGAACUGGUGUAAGACUUUUUGUUUUGUGUGUAUCCUUGUUUGAUUUGUGUGUGUGUGUGUGUGUGCUUUUUGUUUGAGUUUUGUAUGCGUGUUAUUUUUGUGGUGGCAAUAACCGAGGUCACAUUGAUUACAGGAAAAACAGUGGCUGAGGAAGGAUCUGGGACGACGACGCUGUAAGCGAUAAGUGGUUUGUGUUAACAUUUAACCCUGUCUUUUGUUGUUCGGUUCAAAUCUCACAGGUCAUGGAAGACCAGGUCAGGCUUCUAACUGAGCAAAUUAAACAACUUCAAGCAGACAAUGAAAGACUCCAGCAGGGAAAUGUAGUGCCCCCAGUGGAUCCAGAUCAGGGAGAGCCAAGUCGGCCAGUGCCAGGGUCAUCUGGUAUGAGGUAUGUGUAUGUGCCGAGGGAACGUAAAUAUCCCAAGUUUUCUGGUACUCCAGGUACAGACUGUCCUCCCGUGGAGGAAUGGGUUGAAGAGGUCCGCAAAUGCUUACAGGCUAGACAUAUGUCUUCCAAUGAACAGGCUUAUUUUGUAUAUGAUCUUCUUGAGGGCGAGGCUAAAUUAGAAAUUAAACUUCGUCCAGCUACUGAUCGGGCUGACCCUGAGAAGAUUGUUAGAAUAUUGUCAGAGACUUUUGGCUGUACACACUCUUACAUCGAGGCCCAGCAAAAAAUUUUCCAAUGCCGCCAGCGCGAGGGAGAAACGGUACGUGAGUUUUCCCAUUCAUUAAUGGCCCUAAUGGAAAUUUGUCAGCGUAAAAAUUCAAAUGCCCUUUCUAACCCUGAUUCGGUCCUCCGCGAUCAAUUUGUUGAAAAUGUUAGAGACAAAAUGUUGCGCCGCGAAUUAAAACAAUUCAUUCGCCUCAAUCCUGUCUCAACUUUUUUGGAUGUGCGUAGGGAAGCAUUUCGUUGGGCUGACGAUGGGGAGGGAGGCCGCCCAUUACGCGCCAGAGCUUUCUCUUGUGAUGCAAGUUCCGGGGUAGCAGGGGAAUGGGGAGCUGAGACCCAGGCUGUAGCUGCAAAAACGAAUGAUGAAUUGGCAGAACUUAAAGAUUGUUUGCGUAGGCAACAAGCCCAAUUGGACACCAUCCUAAAACAUUUGUCCUCUGGACCAGUACCUUCCAAUCCCAACAGUAGGCCAAGUAAUCCACCACGUCGUUACAGAUUCGAAGCCAGGCUGGUCACAUGGCAAGGGACUGCUCGAUGGUCCGUCGGCAGGGACAGCGGGUACGGAGUGACUCUGGGCAGAGGGCAGCUAAUGCAGUUGAUGUUCAAUCUAGUGGGUUGCAGGGAAACUAGCACCAUCUAG